GCAAUUGGAGCUGGGUUCCAUACUAGUAAAUUGUUUACUGCUCCGAGUUUGCCAAGAAACUAUGUGUAUUUUUAUUUAAGUGUAUUGGUUUUAGGUGUAAAUUGGUCAUUAUAAUUUAUUAAUACAUUAAUCUUAUCAUAAAGGUAAUUAGCUUCUUAUUUUUACUUGGAUGUUAUUGUACUGAUCGCUUUACUCCUAUGCAUGUUCGGUCUUGUUGCCCGCCGUUUGGAAUGGAGUUUUUUACAUUUAAAAAACUUGCAUGCUUUACAUAAACAGAUAAUUAAUAAGUUAAAAAUACUGAUUCACAGUUAGAUCAGUCAACUGAUGAGAAAAUUUCAAUGAUUCGAAAGAGUCGAAGAGGCGGGGAGAAGGUAUUUCGAACAUGCAUAACAAACUUAGUCAAAUUUUUCUAAACAGUAUAAAUAAUUCAACUUAAUUGGCUUGAUUGAUUUAAAUGCAGAAACUCAUCAUGACUGUUGAAAGAGGGGGAGCAGUCUCACCAGUACAUGUGCAUGUUGCUGAGGAUACUGCUGUUCAUGUACACGUAAAAAAAAGACUAGAUUCAUCCCAUUCGAAAUCUGACGUUCGAAGAGCUAUAAAGGAAAGAGAGCAUGGAUGGAUACCUCCACCUGCAAAGAGCUCUAUACGAUCUCGAUGUUUAGCUUCGAGUGAACCAGCUCCGGGCGGUCCAAGAGUAGUUGAAGUCUCAACGGAAGAAGAAGAUAAUGUCCGAGUAAAGAUGCAUGAAUACGAAAGUCGGGUAGGAGAAUUGGUUUCUGAAGUUGGGUCUUUGAAAGCAGAGGUUGCUCUUGAGAGAUCCUUGAGGAAAGAAACUGACGAUGUCGCUAAAAGUAAGGGAAAGGAGGCUCUUCUCCACAAACUUGUCUCUGUUGAAUUAGAUGCAACAGCUUCAAUUCGUCAUGCCGAUGGUCUUCGUGAUGUUAUGAGGAGAUUUCGAGAUGAGCGUAAACUAUGUGGUAGCGAUUGGAAUAUGAUUAACAAGCAAAGAGACCUACUGGUAUCCAAAUUGGGAGAUUUCGAAAGGGGAGCUCGAAUUUUGGUAAGUUUACUGCAUGAAACGCACGACUCUGAAGCUGCUACUCAUCGCCUUAUAGAGCAACGCGAUUUACUUCUCCAUAAGUUAGCGAAAGCUGAGGAAGCGUUGUCUCAACAAGAAAGAACUAUGCAAGAAGUUCAUAUGACAGCUGAAGCCCAAAAAGAUGAAAAUUUAGCACUCUCGGGAGCUCAAACAGCCUUAGAAACAACAAGAGCUCAUCUACAAAAAGCCUUCAAAGCGAAAGAGGCCGAUUGCAAUCGUUUAGCUGUUCAGGUUCGCACCCUCGAAUCUGACCUAGCUACUGCCCGAUUAGACCUGGAAUAUGCUCGAAAUAUGCUGGCAUCAACACGCGAAAAGUAUACAAAGAAUAAAGAAGCUUUAAAAAAAGCAACAAGAGUACAAAAAGAAAGAGCUAAUACAAGCGAGCAAAAACUGCAAAUUAUUAAUGAACAAGUGACCCAAAGGGAUGCUGAUGUAAUGGAAUUAAAAACCGAAAAUGAAUUACUCAGGAAAGAAAAAUCGGCUUUAGAUGCUCAAGUUACCGCUCUACACAAUCGAUUGCUGAACAUUGAACAAGAUACCAAAGUUGAUAUUGAUAGAAUGGAACAGAGAGAAAGGGAGGCCAUUUCAAGAGAGAGGAUGUCUCGAAUGGAGUAUGAAAGAGCCGAGACUGAAAUUCACAAUGCCCGGGAAAGUCUUGGUCAGGCUGAACGCUUAUUAGAAGAGUAUAAACAACAGUUGAAAAAGGCCAGAGAAGAAGCUGACGACGCGUUAUCGAGGCUGGAAGAAGAGCAACGUCUAACGGCGAAGUUACAAAAGGAGUGCGGCAUAGCUGUGCAAGAGGUUCGUUCCCGCGUUCAGCAACGUCUGGCUCAGCUUGAACCUGUCCCAGAGUUGCUUAAAGCAACUGAAUUAAAAUUAGCCGAUGUUUCACAGAAGUUAAAUGAAUCCGAAAAGAAAGAAAAUGAACUGAAAUCGAAACUUCAUCAAACAUCUCAACAUCGUCAAAUACAAAACGACGUUCACGUGCAUGAACUAUCAAAUGUGGAAAGAAGGGUUCGAGAAUUGGAGGCGAGGAAUGUAGAAUUACAGUCAUCCUUGGCUCAAAGAGAUGAGACGGUGCACAGAAUCCAAGUUCAAUUGGAGGAACGGUCAAAAGAAGUUGCGGGCCUUUCUCGUCAGCUUGAGACGGCUGUUACAGAAUCAAGAAGAAUAACUGAACAAGCUAGGCAAAAGUCCUGCGGAAAAGAAAGGGCCGCAGUAGCAAGAAUUAGUGAAUUAGAGGCUGAACUAUCUGCUGCAAGGGCAGAAGUGGCCAGGGUUAGGAGAGAGAGAGAUGAAUCCGAAAGGAAAAUGAAUUCUAAAUUAUACGAUCUAAAAGAAAGGUUGGAGCAAUCUACUGCUACAAACAGAUCUAUGCAUAACUAUGUCAACUUUUUGAAAACAAGCUACGCAAACACAUUCGGUGACAUGGGUGGUGUCUCAGGUAACGCUUGUUACACACCUUCUCCAAGCACUUUUUGA